UGCCCCUUUCUCUUGAGGAUUGCGAACGGCCCUUCCCUGGACACGACGAAUCCCCUUGGCUCCGUUUCUGAGCUCGCAAUCCUCUCUCUCAGCCGAUUUGCGCAGCCCUGGAGCUGCGAGAACGCGAGGAGGGGGAAUUUGAGUGAUGAGCGCCAGUUUGCAAUCACCCAGGAAGAGCGAUGAUGCAUCGCCAUGGAGCAGCGUUGCUACCCUGCCCAGAACCCUCCUCGAUUUCAUGGCUGGGAGGGAGACGAAUUAGCGAGCAAUUCAUGGGAGGAGGAAGAGCAGCAGCAGCAGCAUGCUGUCCAGUUUCGGUGCAAGGGCUGACAGUGUAUGCGGCGCGGAAAAACCAGUCUGGGUCCCGGUACCAGCAGACGAAGCGGUGGAAGGUGGACGAGUCCGUGAAGAAAAUUGGCCAUGCCGGGAUUGAGAAGUUUCGAAGCUCCUUGGAGGAUAAGGACAGCGCAUCGGGGGAAGGGCUGGUGCUGCGGGAGGAUCAGGCCGUCGGGCAGGUGAUUGCCGCGCAGGCGAAUUUCAUGCGCGUGUUUAUUGAGAGGACGGGGAACGAUGAUCUGGUGGAGGGGAGAUUUUAUGGUCCCGUGAGUGAGGGUGAUGGGGACGUGAGUGGGGGUGAGAGGCAAGAGGGUGGGAUGAACAAUGCGAUGCCGGCGAGUGUGGGUGUCGCGAGUACGAAUGCGUGGGAGUUGAAUUGUGGUGCAAAAGCGGGGACGGAGCUUUUGUGUGUGGUGAGAGCGGUGUUGAAGAAGAUUAAGCGACGGGUGCUUGUGGGUGACAAGGUUUUAGUUUCGGCCAUUGAUUGGAUGGACCGGCGUGGAAUGGUGGAGGAUGUUUUAGACCGUAGGUCUGAGAUUGCAGAGCCACCGAUUGCGAAUGUGGAGCAUUUGCUCGUUUUGUUCGCGUUUGAUCGGCCGAAAUUGGAGCCUAUUGCACUGAGUCGUUUUCUUGUCGAGGCUGAGUCCACUGGCAUUCCUUUCACAUUGAUUCUUAAUAAGGCGGAUUUAGUUCCACAACAGGAACUUCUUGAUUGGAAAGAAAAAAUUGCAGGGUGGGGCUACAAACCAGUAAUAUGCAGUGUUCGCUCGAGGUCCGGAGUUGCUCCUGUCAUGGAGAUAUUGAGACAAAAAACAGCAGUAGUUGUAGGGCCAAGUGGAGUUGGAAAGUCGAGUUUGAUUAAUGCAUUACGUGAUGUAUCUGGUAUUGAAAUGUGGCGUGAAAAGGAAGCAAUGCAAAGAUUAGAAACUGUGGCGUCUGAAGAAGGUGACGAUCUUAUCAUACCACAGGUCCGUGAUGAGCACGAAACAUUUGAAAAGCUCCAGGUCAGUGAAGUUUCCUUGAGAUCCGGCAAAGGUCGACAUACCACACGUCAUGUGUCACUCUUGCGGCUCCCUGGAGACGGAGGAUUACUUGCUGACACACCAGGUUUUAGUCAACCUAGCCUGAACCUUGUUACUAGUGGAGAGCUUGGAGAUCUUUUUCCAGAGGUAAGGGAAAAGAUUGCUUCAAGCCCAGAAGGCGGUUGUCUCUUCGCAAACUGCUUGCAUGCAGGAGAGCCUUCUUGUGCUGUGGGUAAAGACUGGGACAGAUAUUCCCAUUACCUGGGACUUCUUGAGGAGGUCAGGAAAAGAGAAGAAGUGGAAAAACGAGUACUUGGAACCAAAAGAGAAAGUGAUGUGAGGUACAAAGUAGGAGCUUCAGGUGUGAAGCAAGCCGAGCCCAGGCUGCAAACAAAGCGACAUCGACGUCAAUCACGUAAAACAGUGCGACAGUCACUCGACGAAAAGUUGUGGGAGAAGAUGGAAGAGCAAGCCGAAGUUGAGGAUGUUUUGAGGGAAAAUUAAAGACUUGUAUAGACUUUUCUCUGUGUUGCUUAUUAAUGCACACGAAACUUUAACAUGCUGAGAUUCUUGGUAUAGGAGUAGGAUCUCAAUCCUCGAGCAAGGUUGAAACUUCUUUCUCACAAGAAGUGUACCAUAUAUCUUUUCAGUGACUAAAACUUCACAUGCUUACACAAGGACGUCGGUCUGGUUUUAACUUAACUGAGUUGAAGCCCUACUCACACUGUGCUACAACAUCGCUUUUCAAUAUCGUCCAUUUACAUGAAGUUUCACCUUG